GUGUUCCGUAAUUUUUUCUUCUGCACGUGUUUUAGAAAAUGGGCUCUCAUAAAAGUUUUAAAAUUAAGAAGAUACUCGCAAAAAAGGCGAGACAGAACCGUCCCAUUCCACAGUGGAUUAGGAUGAGGACUAACAAUCGUAUUAGAUAUAAUGCCAAGAGAAGGCACUGGCGUCGUACUAAACUAGGCCUCUAAAUAUAAAGAGAACUUUAAAUAAAAUUGAUGAUUUCUUUAAGAAUGAUAAUUUCCGUGCAACUCCGUAAUUUUGCUAAAACUAACUUUGUGCAGCCAUUUUGUGGGAGGGGUGGCACUGCCCAUCAUUAAUUAAAUAUUGUGUCGGUACAGCAGCAUGGCAGACUUGGAUGGUUUUUUUGCCAAGAAAGGCAAGAAAAAGAAGAAGAAGCCGACCCUACAGAACCUAGAGGACGCUGCUGAGCUGGGACAGCCUAAGCAAGAGGAGGAGAAGACCCAGCCCAUUGUAGUGGCUCUAUCUAACCCACCUGAGGAUUCUGAAUGGCUGGAGUCCAAAGGUUCCAAUGUUGAGAUCAACCCAGAGGAGAUACAGGGAGUGGCGCUGUUGACAGACGAAGAUUCGAGUGAAAAGGUGGAUGAGAAAUCAACUAGCAAUGAUACUGAAGUUAAACAGAGUGACACUAAGAUAGUGAGUAGGAGCUCUGUCGCAUCGCCAUGGCAACCAGUAUCUAGCACAAGCACUCAAGUAGAAGCAAAGCCAACAACAACUGUCACUAGUUUAGCCGAUAACACAGCCGGAGGUCGAUAUAUCCCACCUAGUCUCCGCCAAGCAACAAGGAAGCCACACCCAACAGGAGCUCCUCCUGAUUUAUCCAGUACUCAAGCGUUCCCUUCACUAACAGUGGCCACUAAAGGUGACAGUCCGAAACCUCCUCCAGUCAUGAAGGACUACACUGAACUACCACUACACAACAAGUUUAGUGCUCUUGCAACUGAUUGAAGGGCCCCCUGAUUAUUAUUAUUUAUUAUUAUUAUUAUCACGAGUAUAAUUAAACCCUUGUCAGUAUAUCAUUAUGAUCUUUCAUUGGUCUUUGUACCAUAAUGGUUCCUUGGAGUGUCUAUCUACUAUGAUCUAGUUUAUCAUUUUGUUUUGUUGUUUUUCAUUUAUGUCAGCAAAAAGUAAAAGUAUUUAUAUCAAAAAAAA